AAUUUACCAAGUUUUACGUCAUAUCAUAUAUUCGAUUUUUAGAUGACAUUCUGUAAAAAUUUUCCUCCCUUUUCGGUUUAAAAGAAUCACUGCCGUUGGUUCCUGAACUUGCUCGGACAUGGUGCAAGGAGAUGACAAUAUUCUCCAAAGACUCGGACAAUGAUUCUCGGCCUUGGAGUUUUGGAGGAGGUGGGGAGACGAUGAAUAGAUUUUAGGGUCGGACUUCUGUGGUGGCGCAGCCGCAGAAGAGGAGGAGGAAGAUGGUGGUGCUUUCUGCAGGCAGGCAAGAAGGUAGAAAGAGAGAGAAAAGGGGAAAAGAUUCCUUCUCGUGCAAUAGCGAUGUGAGAGGUAAACGACAACUGGCUCAGUAAGGGAGGAGAGACGGAGGGAAGAGGAAGAAGGUUCUCAAAUGGCGUGUGUGUAUCUAUCUGUAACGUGAUUCCUUCUUGCCGUCCCCCGAAUUUUUCUCCAAUUCUCUGGAGUCGUUCACUCUGCUUCUGCUCUGCUCUGCUCCUCCACCAAUUCCUUUGCUCUCGACUACAGAUCUCUAUUCGUUUGCUUUCGACUACAGAUUUCUCUGUCUCUCUGACGCUCUCUGCCCGUUCAAUUCGUCGGAUUCGAUUGGUUCGUUUGGCUCGGCGUUCUUUUCCUCUCAUUCCUGCCAUCUGCUGCUCGAGGAAUUCAUCGGAUUCUACUAGGCUCGGAUCUCUCUUUCUCUCUGUCUCUAUUCAUCUUCAACAACGCGGAGAACCGAUUGUCCUGCCUCUCGGAGACAACGCCGUCCUUUCUCCUCUUAGCUUCCUGGCAAAGCAGAGAACCCAUGAUAGAGAGCCUCGGCUAUUUAUCCUCUUGGUCUUCCUCUUCUUCUACUCACUCCAUGGAUGAGACCACCACCGCCACCACCACCGCUGCAACCUCUUCCUCUUCUUGGUACCAUUUCCUCUCUUCGAAUCCCAGUUCCGCGUCCCAACCGCCACCUUUUUUCCUUCUUCUAACAGGACGCGAAAGCCUCCACCGCGGCUACCACCAUAAGGCAGCUUCGGAAGAACCCCAACGCAGUAUACAACCAGCAGCAGCGGAAGAAUUAGAAGAGGAGGAAGAAGAAGAGUUAAGGGGAGGGUCGAAGCGGCAAAAGCUCGGGCCCAAUCUCCAGGACUCAUCUUCCUCCGCGGAGAUGACAGGACCGGCACCGGCUCCCGUGCCAACGACGGAGGCGGCGGAAGACGAGGAGGCGACGGCGCUGCGCCUGCUAGGCUUGCUGCUACACUGCGCUGAAACGGUGGCGAUGGGGAAGCUAGACGAAGCGAGCGACAUACUGCUGGAGAUCUGCUCUCUCUCUUCCCCCUUCGGGUCCUCGCCGGAGCGCGUUGCCGCCUACUUCGCCGAAGCCCUGCAGGCUCGCAUAGUGAGCUCAUUCUUAGGUGUAUACCGCCCCCUCGCCGAUGCCUCUCAGACGCAGCGCAUCCUCCGCGCCUUUCAGACUUACAAUGCCAUUAGCCCGCUGGUCAAGUUCUCCCACUUCACGGCCAACCAAGCCAUCCUUCAGGCCUUCGAGCACGCCCCUCGCAUCCAUAUCAUCGACCUCGACAUCAUGCAGGGGCUGCAGUGGCCGGGGCUCUUUCACAUCCUCGCCUCCCGCCCCCGCCGCCCUGCCUCCCUCCGCAUCACCGGCGUCGGUGCCUCCCUCGAUUCACUUGAGGCCACCGGCCGUCGCCUCUCCGACUUCGCCCGGUCGCUCGGCCUCCCCUUCGAGUUCCACCCUGUCGCCGCCAAGGUCGGCAACAUCUUCGACGCCAGCGCCACCUUCGGCCUCCGGCGGGGCGAGGCGGUGGCUGUCCACUGGAUGCACCACUGCCUGUAUGAUGUCACGGGAUCCGACGCCGGGGCGCUGAGGGUGCUCCAGGAACUGUCGCCGGAUCUCGUGACGAUCGUAGAGCAGGACCUGAGCCACGGGGAGAGCUUUCUCCGGCGGUUCGUGGGUGCUCUUCAUUACUACUCGGCGCUGUUCGACGCCAUCGGCGGCGAGGGCACGGAGGCGGAGCGCCACGUGGUGGAGCAGCAGGUCCUGGGGUGCGAGAUAAAGAACAUUGUGGCGGUGGGCGGGCCAAAGCGGAACGGGGAGGUGAGGCUGGAGAGGUGGGGGGAAGAGCUCAGGAAGGCCGGAUUCAGGGAGGUUUGCCUGGGUGGAGGGAGCCCUGCCGCCGCUCAGGCCAGCUUGCUGCUGGGCAUGUUUCCUUGGCAGAGGGGUUACACGCUCGUGGAGGAAGGUGGUUGCCUCCGGCUGGGGUGGAAGGACCUCCCCUUACUCACUGCCUCUGCUUGGCAGCGGGUAGAAGGCUACGGCACCUCCGCAGCUGCCGUCGGCGUCGAUAGCUUGACGGCUACGGUGCGUCACCACGCCGGAGCUGCUGCUACGCUGCGGCAGAGGUGAUGAAGGGGUUGUUGUGCUUUUACUUGACGGCGCUGCUGCUGCUGGCGGCGGUGCCUGCUUUUUCCGGGACAGAGAAAGAAGAAAAGGAGGUGUUAGAUUUCGCUUUAAGGAUGCCAUGAAUAUUUUUUAAAUUUUUGUUAACGUCCACGUUGAUUAUUCAGAUGUGAGUGUCGCUAAAAAAAUCCAGUUGAGGAUUGAGAUCCCAUACACGCUUUUAUCUGUAAAUGCUCAUGUAUCUAAGUACUUUUUAUAGAACCUUUCAUCUUUUUGAAGGAUCAUCUUA